AUGGCCGAACCGCGUAUGCGCCUCCGCCAAAAGGGCCAACAGUUCUCCAACCCAGAACUCGCCGGUCUUCUCGAAGCCUUUGGCGAUACCCAACCCCUCCCCGCGACCCUCACAACCCUGGACGAAAUAAUCACAGACUUCAUCAUCGAAACCUGCCACAGCGCCGCAAUCUGCGCAUCCUACUCGCGUCGUCAAAAGAUCAAAGUCGACGAUUUCAAAUGGGUGUUGAGAAGAGAUGCAAAGAAGUUGGGCAGAGUUACGGAAAUCUUCUUUGCCGAGAAGAUUCUAAAGGAUAACAGAAAGGCGUUUGAUAUUGGUACGGGUGAGGGGUUGGUGCAGGGCAAGAAGGGUGCC